AAAGCCUUGCCACCAACCGGAAAUGACCGUGAAGAAAUCACUUUCACUAUUACUUUCCGCUUGAACGGUUGUUCGACUCACAAGGUCUUAAGAAGCAUGGUUUCGGCCCCAACCUGUGUUCGCAAGCGAACGCUAGACUUUAGCUGCAAGUAUCGUAACCUAGAUAAGUUUUCUACCGAUGUGGAACACUUCCUGGAGGAGUACGAUCACAUCGUGCAACACUCCGUAGCGUACCACAGAAGCUUCCGGCGACAUCUGAGGCAUCUGUACGAGGCCAUUGUGGAGUUGUUACAAAAAUUCCAGCACGUCCAAUGCAGCGGUACGAAAGGACAGCUAUUUAUGGAGAAGUUUUGCUGUGGAGUUUUGUUUGACGAUGGCGAGGAGCUCAAGCGGCACUACUUGGAAUGUCACAACUUUGCACGGCUUAUCCAUCCAAGCAUAGUGGAGCUUCGUUCUGGGCAUGGUAAACUGCAAUACUUUCAUCGCCGCGUACAGGAGUAUCUGUUUUACGCCACCGAAUCCACCGCAGCGUUGGUGAUGAAUUUGAAAAAAAUCGCCCACAACUUGUACGCCACGUUGGAGCGUGGUCCGAAGUGGUAGCGCGACUUGGUUCAUUGGUUCACCAGCAGACGGACAAAAGCAUUAUUUUUAGUCGAAGAAUAAAUAAACGGUGACGUUUGAGUUUUGCGCAGCA